AUGCAAACCGCCAAUCCUACGAAGAUUUCGUCUCUUCCAUCUUUUGACAUACCACAUAAAAGUUUGAAAUCAGAUAUCCAGCAUUAUUUCCCCGAUGAACUUCCGCUAUCUGAUGGCCCCGACAAGUAUGAUCCUGCCAAAGCAUACGAGAGUUCCGUGCGCAGGAUGAACCGGAAGUAUGAGAUUGUGGCGGAAAUACGGCUGCUGAAAGAAAAACUAUGGACAACAGAAAUGGAGCUACUGGCGACGAAUGCAGAAUUGCAGGUUUCGAAGACAAAAUUACAAGCGGCAGAGAGGGAACUGAAGGUGAGGGAGGCAGAAAUUCAAAUAAACUUUGGGGCCCGACGAGAAAGCGAUCAAUCAUUUGGCAGGCUCCUAUUAGAAAAGGCAACGACGGUCCAGGUAAUAGCUAGCGAUAAACAAAAAGAUGAGGGCGAGAAUCUACCAAGACAAGGAAGUAAAGUUCUACGUUGUAGGCUAGAACCAUAUCGAGUCUCUAAGGAUCUUAGACUUGUCCGGCGCUGUUCUCGGCGUCUGAUUAAAAUGAUGGGGGAUGCAUCUCAAAAUUGA